AUGGACAACGAUCGAGCUGUGCGGAAAGUCAUGGAGUCUCAAGGAAAGCAGAUAAAAGGAUUGUUGGAGCUUGCGGCAGAGAACUGCAAAGUAAUCGCCAUGUUGUGGGAAGACUACGCGGCGAGGCGCAAAGGAGAAGCCACGGUUGCUGAUGUUGACAUAAAGAAGAAACGUGCUGUGGUUUGUUCAAGUGCACGAAGGGGUAAUGUUACUAAUGCGAGUUACACCAAACAGAGGACGACAAAAAAAGUUGAUCAGCCAACUAGAGAGGUGGAAGCUGUUAUUAGAAAUGCUGAAUCCAUUUUAAGUAACAUCAGAGGGGAGGCGAAAGACCUUGUGAAGUCAAGUAAAUGCUCGGCAGAAGGAAAAAAGCAUGCCAGAAUGUCCAAGGUUGUGUCCAGGAAGGGGACAUCAAGGCAACCUUUGAAGGUGGUUAAGCGAAAACUUGAUUACUGGUUAGGGGACGAUGCUGUGGGUGGUUUGGGCCCAAACCAAAUCCAACAAGAAGUCUUGAAGUCACUUGGACAUGUUGAUGUCAUGGCGCCGGGUUUCGUUGAGAUAUGUGACCUGUUGCUGUGGCUAGAUCUUUCCUUCUAUCCACCUACCGGAAUGAACUUGUCGACUUUAGAGUUGGUGGUCGUGGCUUAUAUCUUCGCGCCUGAUCUAGAUAAGAAGUAAGUUUUACUUUGAAAAAGAGAGCUGCAAUAUUGUGCUUGAAAAGUUUUUUUCCAACCUUAUUCAAGAUUUUUUGG